GGGACUGACAGGACCACGACAGCGCCGGCGCUUAGUUAUUAGUAGAUAACUAAGCAUUUGCUUGACAUUGAAGACUUUUCAUCUUCUUUCGGUUUUAGUCAAAAAAACAAAAUGGGUUCGUUACCACCUGAGACCUCUCACCAGCUUGCUGGUUCAAUGGCCUGUUCCAAGAACGAAACAAGUUGCCUUCCCGACAACAGACGCCGUGUACUGAUAACUGGUUUCGGACCCUUUCGCGGUAUCAUGGACAAUCCGACCGAUACUCUAGUACGCGAAUUCACGCAACGCUUUAUGGAUGCAGAAAAUACAACUGGUACAAGACACUCACGACACAAGACUGGUACUGAACAAUGUCGUGAUGAAGGAGGCGUAUAUGCUUCUCUGUGCAGACGGAUGGACCUUGAGUCAAUAACGCUAGAGGUGUCCUGUGAGAUUGUGCAGCAGAUGUAUACUGAAUGCGGGAACAAGCUCGCCGCUGCCGAAGAGCCAGGUGAGUGGACCGACGAAGUUGCUCAAGUUAUUUGAACGACUUCUUUUAUACCUCUAGACUGGGUAUACCACUACUGCUACUCCUACUAGUUCUUGAGUACUGCUUCUGCAAGAACGUACUCAUCAUGAAAACGGGGAAAGAAGUGGGUUUUGAUUGUCGAUUGCAAUACUGCAGUUUAUAUUUGUUCUACUGCAGUUCCCUGCUAAUGUGGUUCACUCUUCUAAUGAUCAGAACAGCCCUACGAACGCCGCGGCUGGUCAUGGCGCUUUCCAAGAUGCAACCUUGAAUCAGCAUAGCUCUAUUGAGGUGCUGCCGAAGCGUGAUGAGUCCGAUAUGUGUUGUCCCGAAGACCUCAUCGGAAUACAAAGACAUAAGACGUGGACCGACGAUAGAAACUCGACACAAAGCAAAGAUGCUAGAAGGAUUGCUGAGAAGACGCAAGAUGCAGAUGGAGAUGGAAAAACAGCUUCCAAGAAGAACAGGAAGAAAAAGACGCCGUUAGUCGUCCAUUUUGGUCUCUAUGCUGCAGCACGAGAGUGGCAGCUGGAGCUACGUGGAGUCAACUUUUUAGACUUAUCCGAGGGGUCUGAUGUUCGUGGAUUGGCGUACGAUCGACCGUGCGCGAUAAGGAAGAAUGGAGUCUCUGAAAUCUUUAAGGGUAGUUUAUCACUAUCCCGUGUGGACUUCUAUGCUGAGUCGAGGAGUCCUCCUUGAAAUAUUGCGCACCCAGUAUGUAAUUUGGAUGAUCUAAGAAAUAUGGGGUAAAUAAUUGGUUGAAAGGGUGGCAGCAUAUAGUCCUAACGCAAAAAAAAAAAAAGAAAUAAAGGGGAAACUAGGGGGCAAAGAGGGCAACCCACUUGACUCGGGAUAGUGAAAAACUACCUUGAAAAUCUACUCGAGCCUUCCUGUGGAAAAAUUGCGCGAGCGCUUGCAGAAGACAUUAGCCUCGUCUACGAUGGGAACGGGAGGGAGGCCUGAUGAUCCAGAAGCCUCGUCUACUAGUGAACAACCUAGUACUCAAAUGAACUCUAGUACUUUAUUCGCUUGUGCAGCACCGAAGACGAGUGACCACGCGGGCACAUAUUUGUGUAAUUACAUCUUCUACGAGUCGCUGUGCAGGACCAAGAACUGUCUUUUCGUCCACGUUCCGCUCUUUUCGGUGCUAGGACAAAAAAAGCAGAUGGCGCUUUUCGAAUCUUUGAUGACUGAGCUGCUGAACGUGCUGGAUGAAGAGGAGGAGAGAGCCAAGGGAUCGGAUUAGAUCUUACUCAAGAGUAUUACAAUAGGACGUCUCUGCUAUGUAUGAGAAGCAUUAUUUCUGUGAUGUUUCUGUGUAGAAUAAACAGUAACAAGGACGAAAGUAACAACACCAAGAAAGGUAAGCAGGAUUCUUGUAUUUUGAGCAGCGUUUCGGCCUUAUUACAGGUUGAGUCGCAACCUUGAUCCAGCCAUGGUGUUGCCAUUUGUACAGAUACCAGGGACACGACAAUUACGCGUAACAACUAAUUAAUGUCUAUGUCAAUUUUUGUCAUAAGACGCUGCCUCGUUGAGUCCGG